AGCAACAACUAUCAAAGAAGCUCUAGCCAAAUGGGAAGAAAAAAAUGGCCAGAAGGCUUCAGAGGCAAAGGAGGUGAAACUGUACGGUCAGAUUCCUCCUGUAGAGAGGAUGGAUGAAUCUCUCUCCACGCUUGUUAACUGCGAGAAACUAUCGCUGUCUACAAACUGCAUUGAAAGAAUCGCCAACUUGAACAGCCUAAAAAAUUUGAGGAUUCUGUCUUUGGGAAGAAAUAACAUAAAGAACUUGAAUGGAUUGGAGGCAGUUGCAGACACUUUAGAGGAGCUGUGGAUCUCAUACAACUUCAUUGAGAAACUGAGGGGUAUCCGCGUAAUGAAGAAGCUGAAGGUUCUUUAUAUGUCAAAUAAUUUGGUGAAAGACUGGGCAGAGUUUGUGAGACUGGCAGAGCUGCCAUUACUAGAGGAUCUGGUGUUUGUAGGCAAUCCACUACAAGAAAAGUACGCCUCUGAUCAGAAGAACAAUUGGAUUGAAGAAGCAACCAAACGGGUACCCAAGCUGAAAAAGCUGGAUGGUAUCCUAGUUAUUAAACAAGAAGAAGAUGAAGAAGGAGCAAACUGAUGACACUUUCUUGUUGGGUAUUUAAUUAUUUAAGUAACUCCAGAUAGCUCGGCACAUAGAACUUUUGUAUAAAUGUUUGUUUUGAAGAAAAUCUUUGGGCAAUUUUUAAAAGACCAUCUUCUCUCCACAGUCUGUCACCCAAAGAGUUAGUUACCAAAAUUUGGGCACACCAAUUUUGUCAAGCUUAUGACACCUUCUGUAGAGACCAGUGGAGCUGAGUUUAUCUGCUGUUUGGCUAGCAAGAGAUCCUUACCUAAACUAAUACAUAGCUAUUUUUUAAUCCCUGAUUAGUGGUGCUUAUUAUUCACUCUUGGGUUAUAAUAGAACCAUUUUAACUUGUUAGGUGCAGCUGGCCAACGUUAUCAUUGGAAACGCGGAGGCCAAAACAACAAUGUUGUGGUUUAGAGACAUGUUACAGGCUUUGUUGUGUUUAAUUUUGUCAUGGGAAUCCCUCAAUAUUUUAAAUAUGCAAGUUUGCCUUUUCAUCCCCUUAACUGUUACGCCAAACAGGCCCAGCAGUUGUGGACCUAUGCACAAAAAAGGUAUUGGUCUGAUGAUCGCUUGUUACUGGCCUUAAGUUUUGAAUUGGGCUUCUUGCAUUGGAACUCAACUGCGUUGCUUAGAAGGCCGUGUAUAACAUAUAUUUAUUUAUUUUAAAGAGGCAAGGGGAAUUCUUUGCAUGGUUUCAGUGAGACUAAAAUAUCUGCUAGCUCUUUUUUUGUCUCUUACUAAGAAAUUAUUUUCGAUUGGAAUAUGUGGCCUGUUAGCCUACAGCUGGUUCCUAGUUUUGGUUUGGGUCACUGGUGGACAUAAUCCUUCUCAACUCUGGAAUUUUCCUAUAACUACGUAGGCUGAUACUAAUACAGAAACAAACAGUGAACAAAAGACCUGGGUUUGAGGGCAGAAAAUUUUGGUUUUGGGGAUACUUAUUUUUUAUGAAAGACAGAUGUAAGCAGUGAGAGAAAGUGUAUGUAGUUAGUGAGGAAGGUAAGAUGAGAUGGAAAGUGAGCAUUGGAAGAAAAAAGUAUCGAAGAUGUACUAAACAUGCUAUAUUGCAGGGUAACCGGUUUUAGUAAAGCCCCCUUGUAUGACAGGUAGCUAGUGAAAAGCAUUAAACAGUGAUGAAGACAUACCUGAUUGCACUGCUGGAUGCCAAUAGUGGGUUUUUUUCUUCUUCUCUUCAGAGAAUAGAUCAAGUCACCUGAGUAGAUUCUUCUGCAGCUUGUUUUUGGUUUUUUUCAAAAGCUUUUCUUCUAAUUCAUGGUACCAUCUUUGUUUAAACUAAAAUGGCAACAAGUGUACCUGCUGGUUCCAGACCAGGCAUAGAAGGGAUGGAGGCAGAAUGCCACUCUUAAUUAUUUUGUUUGUGAAGGUGUGGCAGGAGUUGAAAUCGUGGAAGUCAUGGUCAGAGAUAAAAAGGUAGAAUUGGCCUAGACAACAGAGGUAUUGAUCUCAACUCAGUGCCAAAAUCUGUGUGUUUGGAGACAUUUUCAGAAUAGACCAUGCAGUGCUCUUGUCAUAGCGCUUGGCCACACAGCAAAGCGUUUGAACCUCUGUAGCUGGUCCCUCCUAGCACAACGCCUACAAGUACGGCAUGUAUGGCUGAGUUGGCACCUCAAAUGAAAUGCGACAGGAGAGCGAGUGAGCGAUGAGCGCACAGUCCAGUGACAAGUAAUCCUGCUGGUUGAUUUUUUUUUUAGUAGCUAAACAUGGUCUAAGUCUGUACAUUUCUGAAGGUUGUGUUCAAUACAGCAAAUACUCUACUUUGGCUAUUUUGGGACAUUCUGGGAGCAGAAUAGAAACUUUAAGUGUUCUGACUAUAUGGUGAUGAUUGGAACAAAACACAGCUCCAUUGACAAGAUGUGAGGGAUAAGAGCAGUUCCUGGCUCUUGUAAGUGACCAAUACGGGCUAUACAUACGGGAAUCAGUCCAAGAACUAUUGCAGUUGUUGGUAGAGCUGUGUGUAUUGUGUGGCCCACUGUCAUCAGCGCUUUUCACAGAUUAAGAGCACAAAUUCUCUAUCUCUUUUUUGGGUGCUGCAUUAUAAAUACCACCAAAAAAGGAAAAAAAUAUCAUUACUGAAGGAAUGGGGCAUCCAGUCUCAGCACAAUUGUAACAGCAGCAAGGGGCACUUACAAGGUUUCCCUCGCCUCUCACCCUUCAUGCUGUGAUAAAUUAGCAUAUAAUUUAAAACCCUUCUGAUAAAAACUGUAUGUCAAUCUCAAUGACACAAUACAGUAAGAAAAGAAUAAACUGUGGCUCUCGGUUGUCAGGAGAUGCUUCAGCUCAAAGCUGGGUGGAAGGUUCAGCUGAAUGUUGCUUUGCCUGAUCAAUCAUAAUUACUCUCAAGAACAAAUCAAACCCCCCCCUGAAUUUUUUCUCCUCCAAAAUAAGUAAAGUUUUCCUAAAUUUUAAAAUUUGCACUUUAAAAUUAUGCACUGGAUGUGGUGGAAGACAUACACAGGUGGAAGAAUUAAAGCAUCUGAUUUGCAUAUUGAUGGUGCUACACCAUGUCAUGUAUAAGCUAACAGCGAAGCUCAGCCUGCACGCCCAUAGGGAGCGGCUGAGGAAGCUGUUGAACGGCUUGUCUUUCUGUAUUACUCUCUGCUCUUCCCUAUCUCACCACAUCCAAUAAAGUAGUAAGCACAUUAUUAUUCAUGGAUGAAAAGAGCACCCAUGUAAAACUUGCAAGCCAUGUGGAAUUCUGCUUUUCCCAGUGAAAUUAUGGAGGAUUAGCAUCCACUUUAUUCCUUAGAGAAAUAUCCUAAAAUUAAAUUAGUAAUAGGAAAGAGCUAGGUUUUUUACUUGCUUGUUAGCACAUUGACCUCUCUUCAAAGAGCUGAUGUAUGCAGUGAUUAUAUUGAGAACUGCUGGAAAACUGUGAGAAGAGACCUGAGAACCAGCAGAUUACUCAGGUUACACUAGAAGUAGACUCAUCUAGAAAAAUCUUCAAGCAAGAGAGCACUUUUAACAUCCCCUUUGGCUAUCUUUUGUAUACAGUAGUUUUGUAGCAUGACCAAACUGUUACAUUUGCUGUGUUUAAAUUAUUUAGGCCUAUGUUUAUAAAUGUUCUUCUGUGAAACUUGGUUAAAAAUAAUAUAACAUUAUUUUAUACAAACGUCUUUGGCUGUUGUGUAAUGAAAUAGUUCAGCUUGUGGAGAGCGUUCAGAAAUUAAAAUUUGUUCUCAUUAAACUUUCCUAGCUGCUCAGGGAGCAAUGUAUUUAUAGUAUGUAAAUCCUGUUCCUAUUGCCUCUAUAUUUUAGAAUAGAAAAUAACUUACUUUAAAAAUGCUGAUAUAUUGUGAUUUUUGUCAUCUGAUACAUAAAUUUUUCAAUCUUUUAAGACA